GCGUCGUUUAUCCCAUUGUGUUCUUCGUCCCCCCUUUCUCACUCUCCUCACACUCUUCAGCUCCCAUUUAUUUCAAUUGGGGUUUUGUUAAAUUCAAUGGAAAAUAUGAAUAUGGCAUUAGUUUCAUCGUCUUCUUCACCUCCAAAGCUUAAUCUUUUACCGUACAAUAACGCUCUGAAAACCCCUACCAAAAUCUUCACUUUUCCAUCUUCCAAGAUUACCCCUCGCUGUUCCCGAAUCUCCAGCUCCGCCCACUCUACUCCUCCACGACGUCUUCCCCAAAUUGUUUUCAGAAAAUCUAUAGACGAAAGGUUUGCGAGCAUUUCUUCUUCAAGUAAUCAACAAACUUCAUCAGUUGGAGUUAACCCUUAUCCAACUGUGCCACCGCCGUCCUCUCAAAUAGGGUCGCCGCUUUUCUGGAUUGGAGUAGGUGUUGGGCUCUCAGCACUCUUUACAUGGGUAGCUUCAAGCUUAAAGAAAUAUGCAAUGCAGCAAGCUUUCAAAACUAUGAUGGGCCAAAUGAAUACACAAAAUAACCAAUUUGCCAAUGCUGCUUUUCCUUCGGGAUCCCCGUUUCCUUUUCCAACACCUCCGUCACCAGGACCUGUCACAUCCCCUUCUCCAUCUUCUUCUCAAAAAACUAGCGUUACGGUUGAUGUACCUGCAACAAAAGUUGAAGCAGCCCCGGUGAUUGAUCCAUCAACCAAAGGAAAAAGUGAAACAGAAAAAGCAGAACCAAAGAAAUAUGCUUUUGUAGAUGUUUCUCCAGAAGAAACUGUGCAGAAGAGUGCUUUUGAAGAUGUGGCUGAGACAAGUUCAUCAAACAAUGCUCAAAUUCCCAAGGAUGUCUCUGAUAAUGGAGCUGCAUCAAAGCAGGAUACCAGUGCUUUUGGUGGUUAUCAGUCAACUGGAAAAGCAGGUCCGGGUUUAUCUGUGGAUGCUUUAGAGAAAAUGUUGGAAGAUCCAACGGUGCAGAAGAUGGUUUAUCCAUAUUUGCCAGAAGAAAUGAGGAACCCCGAGACAUUUAAAUGGAUGCUACAAAAUCCUCAAUACCGUCAACAACUGCAAGACAUGCUAAAUAAUAUGGGUGGAAGUUCCGAAUGGGACAAUAGGAUGAUGGAUUCCUUGAAAAACUUUGAUCUCAACAGUCCUGAGGUGAAGCAGCAAUUCGACCAGAUUGGCCUUACACCUGAAGAAGUAAUAUCCAAAAUCAUGGCCAAUCCUGAAGUUGCUAUGGCAUUUCAAAAUCCUAGAGUUCAAGCAGCUAUCAUGGAUUGUUCACAAAACCCACUGAGCAUUGCAAAAUACCAAAAUGACAAGGAGGUUAUGGAUGUAUUCAACAAAAUAUCGGAACUCUUCCCCGGAGUGACAGGGCCACCUUGAUUUCGGUUGUUCAUCGAAGUUACUAUUUCCGGAGCAUAAUGUGCACAUUAUAUUUCAGAUGGUCGAGGUGAUCAGAUCCUAGGGUAUAGGAGGAGUCCAAGACCGAACGUUUAGUUUUAGAAGGAACAAAUAUGGAAUGGGGUUAUUCUGAUUAUUCACCCUUUACUGUAAUUUAUCGGUUUUGAUUACCUGUAGUUGUAGUUGAAUGUUUACAUUCACAACUGGGUUUAUACAGAAAAAGAACUGUACAUGUUGCCCUUCAUAAAUAAAGUUAGUUUCUACA